UAUGCGUGCUCCAAGAGCGUGAAAAAGUGUAUGUGGUUUGGAAGCGGAACUGUGGCUAGCGUAUAACCUUAAAGAAAUUCAUUAAAUAUGUUACAAAAAUGUUUCAGAUCCUCCUAGUAAUUUUCCUUAUAGUAAAGAAUGUCAAUGAUGCUAUCAGGGAGGGUGGCAACUGUACGGGAUGAUGAUAUAUGGUGUAAACAAGUAUCUUACCUAGAAAAGGAUGGAAUGUGUACGUUUUUUUGAAACCUAACUGUCACCCACAGCGUUUUAUGUAUAGUCAUACAUUAAGACGAAGUGCCACUAGAGUGCUAUUCGCUUUAGUCCAUACUUUGUAAAAGGAUAAUAGCGGACUGCUUUCUGUCCGUUUCACACAUAGUUGUUGUUCAGAAAAAUAAAUGAACAGUUAUACAAUACUUUCUCAGCUGACGUAAAUUGAGCUGAAGUGUCUUCUUUUUAGUUUAUUCGUUCACAACACGCCUUUUCGCUCCAACAAGGAAGUGGUCAUAAGCAGUAGGGGCAUACUAUCUGUUGUUCAGAAAAACGGACAUAAUUCAGUAUGUCGAGCAACAAGUGCAAAAAUUGUGGUGGUACAGACAUAGAUGUCGACCCAGCCCGUGGUGAUGCUGUAUGCACCAGCUGUGGUUCUGUGCUGGAGCAUAGUAUAAUUGUGUCAGAAAUACAGUUUGAAGAUAAUGCACAAGGAGGAAGAGGGACAAUAGGACAGUUCGUGUCAUCUGAUUCAAAAGGUGGAGCCAGAAACUUUGGAGGGGCUUUUCAUGCUGGCUUCGGGAAGGAAUCAAGAGAGAUCACACUACGCAAUGCUAAGCGAGCUGUUACUAACCUAGCCCAGCAGCUAAGGUUAAACCAGCACUGCAUUGACACAGCAUACAAUUUUUACAAGAUGGCACUGACAAGGCAGUUAACAAAAGGAAGAAAAAAUACUCAUGUUGUAGCGGCUUGUGUUUACAUGACUUGCAGAGUUGAAGGAACAGCACAUAUGUUGAUUGAUUUCAGUGAUGUGCUUCAAAUUUGUGUGUAUGAAUUGGGACGUACAUACCUCCGAUUGUCACAAGCUUUGUGUAUCAACAUUCCAUCGAUGGACCCUUGUUUAUACAUUCUAAGAUUUGCAAAUAGACUAGAAUUUGGAGAUAAGACUCAUGAAGUUUCCAUGACUGCAUUGCGUCUAGUGCAGCGAAUGAAACGAGACAGCAUCCAUACUGGAAGAAGACCUUCUGGCCUAUGUGGUGCAGCUUUGUUGAUUGCUGCCCGACUACAUGAGUUCAGUCGCACAGUCUCUGAUAUAAUUAAAAUAGUAAAAGUUCAUGAAUCAACAUUGAAAAAAAGACUAAUAGAGUUCGGUGAAACACCUUCAAGUGCGCUGACUCUUGAAGAAUUUAUGACAAUUGAUUUAGAAGAGGAACAAGAUCCACCAUCAUUUAAGGCAGCUCGGAAGAAAGAUAAAGAAAGAUUAAAGAUGUUGGAGGAAGAGGGUGUAGAAAAAGACUUUACAGAACUGCAGCGGGAGAUUGAAAAACUUCUUGAUGAAAGAAAUAACAAGAAGCGGAAAAGAAAAGUUAUAAUAGAUGCAGGUCCAAAUUCUGAUAAUGAAUGUGAAGAGGCUGAAAAUUUUAUUGUGGAAUCAACACUGGGAACAAUUGAGGGCUGUAUUACAGAUGAUGUCAACUGCUCAUCCAAUAGCAGCAAUGUUGUAGGAUUAGGACCAGACAUUGCCAGCAUGGGCUUAACAGGAUCUGUUGAUGAUCAUACACAGAAAGAGGCAGAAGAGGAAAAUGCUGAGUUAGAUCUCGAUGGAAUAGAUGAUGCUGAAAUCGACUCGUAUAUUAUGUCAGAAAAAGAAACUAAAUAUAAAGAUGAUCUCUGGAUGAAAAUUAAUGCUGCUUAUCUUGAGAAACAGAAAGAAAAAGCUGAAAAGUUGGCAAAGGAAAAAGAAGAAGGGAAGCCAGAAAAGAAGAAGAGAAGAUGCGGAAAUAGGAAAAUUAGAAUCCCACCUUCAAGUUCUGCAGGAGAAGCAAUUGAAAAAAUGCUGCAAGAGAAAAAAAUAUCAUUAAAAAUUAAUUAUGAUGUCUUAAAAAGCCUAAAUGCAAAAGAUGAAGGACAGCCUGAGAAGACGUCUGAAUCAACAACAGCUGGCUCAGCCAGCUCAUCGCAGCUAGUAAAAUCUCUGCCUGCAAGGGAACUCACGAGUAAUAAAACACUCCAUAGUAAAGUUGUUGAGAAAGCAAAUGAGCUUCCAGUUGAAGUAAUUGAGGAUAAAGAUGAAGAUGUCACACCGGUUCCAGGUAGUGCAGAACAGUCAUCAACUACACUACAGACAACCGACACAGUUGAUGUCCAGGAUAUUGAAAUGGAUGAAGCGGAAGAUUUUGAAGAUGAACCUGAGCCUGAACCUGAGAAUAGUGAAAUAUCUUUGGCACAGAUGCUCAACCAUCAUAGGGAUGAUGAUGAAUAUUAUGGAGCUGAUGAUUAUGAUGAAUACUGAGUGCAUGACAGUCUGUGAACCUGUCCUACAUGUUCAUCAAAAGGAGAUUGCAUGUCAUGGAUUUAAGGUAUUAAAAAGACAUAUGAAGAAAAUAAUGUAUAAAUAUGCUCAUUCCAAAAUAUUUUAUUUGUAUCAUUUUUUAUUUAUUUCAUAUGCCAUAUAUGAACUGAAAUACGAAUCAUGUUUUGUAAUACUUUGAUAAUUCACUCCACUGUGAAGCAAUGGAAUA